AGAUAAGCUCUGGUGUUACGCCACUGGUAAUUGUAGUAACCUUUUAGGUAAACAGAAACAGGGCAUCCCAGAUACGAGCAAAGAUCCAAAGCCGUACAGGUAUACAUGUAGUUGAACGCACCAAGCGUACGCCGUACUUUGUGCGCGGGCGAUAUUUAAGUUGCGCGACCAGGCAGCAGGCCUUGUAGCAAGCCGGCCGCCAAGUCGGUAUAUAUAGCGGUGGCUUAGGGGAGCUGGGCUCAGAGAUGCGAUGCAACCUGCACAGUGCCGGCGAGCAGUGGUCGGGCGAAGCAGCACCGCAUCCACGCCCCGCUCUCUUCCCCGUGUCUGCUUCCUCGCCUAGUUUUGGCUCCAAAUCAUCCCUCAAUCCCUCAUUCCGUGCACUCACCACUCUUGAAGGACAGAGAAAAGGAAGCUAGAUAGCUUAGAUUGAAGAGCGGUUCGAUCUGCGCGCAGGUAAUGCCAUCCUGCACGGGGAGCCGCCGGCCGAGGCGCGGCGGUGGCGGCGGCGGAUCCGUACUAAGGCUCCUCGUCGUUGCGGUGGCGGCCGUCGUCGCCUUCCUGUGCGGCGGUUGCUUCGUCGCCGGGUGCUGGGGGACUGGCGUGCUCCGUUCGGAUUCCGGGAGGAUGGCAGGCGGAGCAGUGGCGACGACCCAUGCCGGUGACCUGGAGGGCGGCGGCUACUACGAGGAAGACGACGGCGGGCGGCGGCAACGGCGGCGGCUGUUGUCCGGCGGGGGCCACGGGCCCGGGUCGCACCCGCCGCGGUGCGCGUCCAAGUGCGGGAGCUGCACCCCGUGCUCCCCGGUGCACGUGUCGGUGCCGCCGGGCGGCGUGCUGGUCACCACGGAGUACUACCCCGAGGCGUGGCGCUGCAAGUGCCGCGACCGCCUCUACAUGCCGUAAAAAAUGUGCAAACCACAGUCCGGGUUCGGGAAUUCCCCGGGUUUUCGAGUCCGGCGGGCUGAGCAGAACCACACGCCGCGGCAGGCCGGUGUGCGGAAACCGGUCUGUGUACGUGCUCUGGCGAGCUGGCGUGUGGUGGCCGAGAGAAUUAAAUUGAUGGACUGGCGCGAGGACGCACGUGGUGGCCUACCGAGGCCCGCCAGCUCGUGCAAUCUCUGAAGUCUGCUGCUGCUCCCUGCCGUGCCGAGUCUGGAGAGCGGACGUGGGGUGGCAGCACCGGACCGGACCUACAACGGGGGCGGUGGCGCAUGCAGAGGGAGGUGGGAAAGCAGCUUCCCCAGGCGCCUGAUCUUGCCAUGAUUUUCGUGCGUGUCACAUUCUUGAUUUCUUGGGAGUACUAGUAUCUGUGUGUAUAUGGCCUUUUCUUUUCUUUUCUCCUCGCAACUCUCAUUUUUAGUUACCCUCGUUAGUUUUUUUAUCCAAGUUUUGCAUGUUAAUUACUACACUACGGAGUAUCUUUUUUUUUUACGGGAUACUACACUAUUAUUUGGUGGCGCUCGCUCUACCUGGCCUGAAAUGAUAUAUCUUCCCCUCUA